AUGCGCAAACUAGCGCCAACUUCGCCUCCAAACUGGCAGAAUGGCCCAACUCAUCAUUCGACAAUAGUCGAACCGUCAAACACUCCUUCAUUGCCAACUCUGCGAUCAUCCCCAGCCGUCCGUGGUUCGAGCCGUCGUCAGUCCUUCCAUCAACCGUCCUGCACCUGCUUCCAGAACAUGAACCUCUACAUCCCUACACGCUUCCUACUCCUCGUGGCGCUGAUGGCCGGCUUCUCGGCUGUGGAUAUCAUGAUGUGCCCGGAUUGUCAGGUGGACGUCGACCCUCACCCCAUUCCCGGACUUCGCUACUGUUCGGCGAGAAUAAUGUGUCAGUUCGACUCGCCAAACCACUCCCACGGCACUUGUGGCGCGGAGUUAGUGAUGGGGACCAGGGUAUACGCCUGUUCCGCUUGCCGCAAACUUGUUGGAGAGCGCGGAGGAUCCUGCGGCGUUUCACACGAUGCCAUAUGUGAUGGGAGCGAUCCGCCACGGCGGCCCACACUGUCCAGUGGUUCCACUGCCAUCUCCAAUUGA